AUGGAGUUGCACUCAUUGCUUGGACAACAGCCAGGGUCAGCAGCGAUCGACUCUGUCCUGAAGGAGGUGACCAAGAAGACAACAGGAACGAACUCAAAAGUGUCAGAGCCGACGAUCAAGAUAUACAAGGACGCAGUCUAUUACUCGUAUACCCCCCUCGGGAUCUCUUUCAACUACGAGCCCUUGAAACCCAUUGUUCCCACUGAAUACAGCCCUUCCAAGAACACGGCACCAGACCCUGCGCUGCUAAGGCUUGUGGCUAUCCAUCUCUACAGACACCCGACGGAUAAGUUUGAGACGUUCCCUCUUCCGUUUAUUAUACCACGGACAAGACGCGAGGACGCGACCGUGAUUGCAGAGAUGAUUGAGAUGGAUAUGACAAAGAAGGCGCAUGAGGUGGUUCAGCUGUUGGGCGAACCGGAGGAGAGAGUGGGCGGUGGACGGCAGGGCAAUUGCUGGAUCGGGUAUCAGAGGGCGAUUGGGGUUGCGGUUGACUUUGUGGGGUCGAACUGGGAUGACCGCGAGAUGGGGGUCUCUAGCUUGACGCUUACGCAGCCGGAGAAAGCGAGCGUAUAG